AAGAUUGCAUUUUGGGGGCGCAUUACUGAGUCUGGUUUCUUGAUCGAAAAUGGACUCUGCCACUAUGAAUUUUUGCAGUAGCUCCGUUCGCUCACAUCCUGGUUUAUUCGUGGGGAGGACAGCAGGAAUUAGGAGCUCGCAAUGUAGCUUUAUGUUGGGAAGUAGGAUUCACUUCCCUAGGCAGAGGAUUCAGGCUUCACAAGUUGGUCAUAAAUCUGGGAAACGUGGGGGUGCUCUUACUGUUACGUGCCGUGAUGACAAAAUUUUGAUUGCCAAUAGAGGAGAGAUUGCAGUUCGCGUGAUCCGGACUGCCCAUGAGAUGGGGAUCCCUUGUGUUGCAGUUUACUCAACAAUAGAUAAAAAUGCUCUUCAUGUAAAACUAGCUGAUGAAGCCGUUUGCAUUGGAGAAGCACCAAGCAGUCAAUCUUACCUGGUGAUUCCCAAUGUCCUAUCUGCUGCCAUCAGCCGUGGAUGUACCAUGCUGCACCCUGGAUAUGGUUUCCUUUCCGAGAAUGCUGUUUUUGUUGAGAUGUGCAGAGAGCAUGGAAUCAACUUUAUAGGACCAAAUCCUGAUAGCAUUAGGGUCAUGGGUGACAAGUCAACUGCUAGAGAAACAAUGAAAAAUGCUGGAGUACCAACUGUCCCUGGAAGUGAUGGAUUGCUGCAGACUACUGAAGAAGCAAUCAAACUUGCAGAUAAGAUUGGUUACCCUGUCAUGAUUAAGGCAACAGCUGGUGGAGGAGGACGAGGAAUGCGACUUGCUAAAGAACCCGAUGAGUUUGUGAAGUUGUUGCAGCAAGCUAAGAGUGAAGCUGCAGCUGCAUUUGGUAAUGAUGGUGUUUACCUGGAGAAGUAUAUCCAGAAUCCGAGACAUAUUGAAUUUCAGGUUUUGGCUGACAAAUUUGGUAAUGUUGUGCACUUUGGGGAGCGUGAUUGUAGCAUCCAGAGAAGAAACCAAAAGUUGCUAGAAGAAGCACCUUCUCCUGCAUUAACACCUGAGUUGCGGAAGGCUAUGGGUGAUGCAGCAGUUGCAGCAGCAGCAUCAAUUGGUUACAUAGGUGUUGGUACAGUUGAGUUCCUUUUGGAUGAAAGAGGGUCCUUUUACUUCAUGGAGAUGAACACCAGGAUCCAGGUUGAGCAUCCAGUUACUGAGAUGAUAUCCUCAGUUGACCUGAUUGAGGAACAGAUCAUAGUGGCUAGAGGCGAGAAACUCCGUUACACACAGGACGAUAUUGUGCUUAAAGGACAUUCAAUUGAAUGCCGUAUUAAUGCAGAAGAUGCUUUCAAAAAUUUCAGACCUGGACCAGGGAGAAUUACAGCAUACCUUCCAGCUGGAGGCCCAUUUGUGCGCAUGGAUAGCCAUGUUUAUUCAGAUUAUGUGGUUCCACCCAGCUACGAUUCCCUGCUUGGAAAGCUUAUUGUUUGGGCUCCGACAAGAGAAAGGGCAAUCCAGCGUAUGAAGAGGGCCCUUAAUGAUACCACCAUUACAGGGGUCCCAACAACAAUUGAAUACCACAAACUUAUCCUGGAAAUCGAGGAUUUCAAAAAUGGAAAAGUGGAUACCGCUUUUAUUCCAAAACAUGAGCAAGAGCUCGCUGAGCCUCAGCCAACGGAACCAACAGAAGCUCAGAAAGAGCUGGCUAGAGCUUCCGCUUAAGCUAGUCUCACGUCGCGAUCAAUGGAGGCAAGCUUUUGGCUUCACUUGUUUAUUUGAUACAACUUGUUUUCCACAUUUUUCACUUGUCAAAUGGGCUUCCGAUGUAACGUAGAUGAGAACUGUUCUUGGUUUGGGGUAAAAAAUUAUUUUCAGUUUUUUCACUAUCAUAAAUGGGUAAAAUAAAUGUGGGAUUUUCACCAGUUUUUUGUAAUUACCUUUAGAUUGAGUUAUUUUUGAGAAAAAUAAUAUGGUAAAUGUUAAGAAAAAAAUACUACUAGUAUUUA